UCAGAAUUUCAUUUGAGGACGAGGACUUGUUGGACAUCGUUUGAAUUAAGAUUAUCGAGAGGAAACAACUUCGUUAAUCACAAACAGUAUUUUUUCCAAUGCCCCUGAAUCUUAAUCCCUUGUUUUUCAUAGACUUAUCGGCAAGUAGGCUAAUUGUUCAUCACAAAAGGCCUGUUUAAAUCAACUUUUGUAUUCAUCCUCCUCCUAACGCCAAUAACCAUGUAUUUCAGGGGCUGUUGUUGAAAGGUAACCGUGACCAUGUCUAGUCCCGUCAGAAGUGUUGGUGGACAGAGAAGUAUUGAGGAAAGCCCUGCCCACAAUGUGGAGUCCAAACGUCUGGGCAGAAGCAGCUUCCUCUUCUCCAGCUGGCGGAGGAGCUCCCAGUCAUCCCCAAGGGGUGACACAAGGAGCGAUAUCAACAAGAAACUCUCCUCCCUGGUAACCUCCCAUAACGAUGAAUACACAGCCGAUCCCAAUGGCCAGAUGGUGUCUGAAGAACCUACCAUCUCCAAAGAUGCAGAACAUGUUGACACUGAGCCACAGGAGACCGAGGAAGAAUAUGAUAGCAACAAGUCGUUUUUUUUACAGAGAAAGUUUGUUUCUAUGCUUCAGCCGGGGGUCAACAAGUUUUCUCUGCGCAUGUUUGGCAGUCAUAAGGGGGUGGCCGCUGAGCAAGCCAGGGUCAAGUCCUUUGGAGUGUGGAUCAUCCACCCCUACAGUGACUUCAGGUUCUACUGGGACAUAGUGAUGCUUCUCCUGAUGAUGAGCAACCUGAUCAUCCUUCCCUGGGGCAUAGCCUUCUUUGAGAACCAGAACACUCUACCCUGGAUCAGCUUCAACUUCAUCUCGGAUACCCUGUUCCUGGUUGACCUGGUGCUAAACUUCCGCACUGGCAUCCUGGAGGACGACAGCCAGAUCAUCCUGGACCCAAAGCAGAUCCGUCGGCGCUACCUCCGCACCUGGUUCAUGGUGGACUUUGUCUCUUCCAUCCCGGUCGACUACAUAUUUUUCAUCGUGGACAUAGAGUCCCGCUUGGAGUCGACCGAUGUGUACCGCACGGCACGAGCCCUCCGCAUCGUCCGCUUCACCAAGAUCCUCAGCCUGCUCCGCCUGCUGCGGCUCUCCCGCCUCAUUCGCUACGUCCACCAAUGGGAAGAGAUCUGUCACAUGACCUACGACCUGGCCAGUGCUGUUGUGCGUAUAUUUAACCUCAUUGGCAUGAUGCUGCUGCUGUGCCACUGGGAUGGCUGUCUGCAGUUCAUGGUGCCAAUGCUGCAAGACUUCCCCCCUGACUGCUGGGUCUCAAAAAACAAUAUGGUGAAUUCAACCUGGCACUUACAGUACUCAUACUCCCUAUUCAUGGCGAUGAGUCACAUGCUUUGCAUAGGAUACGGUGCCCAGGCUCCGGAGAGUUUGACUGACGUGUGGCUCACUGUCUUAAGUAUGAUUGUGGGCGCCACGUGCUAUGCCAUGUUUUUGGGCCACGCCACUACCCUUAUACAGUCUUUGGAUGCGUCCCGACGACAGUAUCAGGAGAAGUAUAAGCAGGUAGAGCAGUACAUGUCAUUCCAUAAGCUUCCGGCAGACAUGAGACAAAGAAUUCAUGAGUAUUAUGAGCAGCGCUUCCAGGGCAAGAUGUUUGAUGAAGACAGUAUCCUCGGAGAACUCAGUGAUCCACUGAAGGAGGAGAUCGUGAGUUUCAACUGUCGUGGGCUAGUGGCCAACAUGCCGCUGUUUGCCAAUACCGACCCUCACUUUGUGACUGUGAUCCUGACCAAGCUACACUUCGAGGUGUUUCAGCCAGGGGACUUCAUCAUAAGGGAGGGAACUCUGGGUCGAAAAAUGUACUUCAUCCAACAUGGAUGUGUCUCAGUGCUUCCGCGUGGCAAGCAAGAGAUACGUCUCAGUGAUGGAUCUUACUUUGGGGAGAUCUGCCUGUUAACUCAUGGGCGUCGCACAGCCAGUGUCAGGGCCGAGACCUACUGCCGUCUCUACUCACUGAGUGUGGACAACUUCAAUGAGGUUUUGGAGGAACAUCCUUUGAUGAGGAGAGCCUUCGAGAGUGUGGCUGUCGACCGUCUGGUUCGGGUUGAGUCAAAGCACCAGUUAUGAUCCCCUACACGAAACAGAAAACAGAAGAGGAAAAGGGAAGGACACAAUGUCAUGUGUCAAGAUUCAUGUUCAGUACACUCAUGAAGUAACAUGGACUACUGACAAAGGACUGGGGAUUUUUUGUACUUUGAGUGUGGAAGGAGGGAAUUUUUAAGGCAGCCUAUUGGGGAGUUCAAAAAACCCUUAUUAUAUUACUGUUUAUUCAAAUGCAAAUGUAUAAAAUAGCAAUGAUAUCAGACUGCCAAUAUUUGGGGGAUCAUGUGGUUUUGAGCAUUUGUUGAUGCAUUGGCAAUAAUCAGCGUAGAUCUAACAAUUGUCCAAAUACCCAAUAACAGCUUUUUAUAUUACAUGCCGUGAUGCUAGAGGAUGAUUCCACAGCAUACAUUACAAGGUCUUCAGUAUGGCUUCAAUGCCAAUUAGGAUUGCUCAACUUCGAUAGUUUCUUUACAAAAAUAUUGUACCGUUUAUUUAAACAGACCAUUAGUUUGUAGAGCAGUAAAUUAUUAUUAUUAUUAUUAUUAUGAUUA